AUGGAUUUGAAGCAGAUCACUCGCGCCCUGGGCGGCCAAUCCAAGAGAGAGCUUCUCGACGUGCCGGCCCUUGCCAAGAUCAUCAAGAACAGCACCAGCUCCGGCGAUCUAGCCUGCUGCCGCCGCGCACACGAUCAAAUCCUCACCAGCGCCCACAGCGGCGUCACAUUCCUCCACAAUCUCCUCAUCGAGAUGUAUGGCAGCUGCGGCGGAUUGGAGGAGGCGGAGGCGGUGUUCUCCGCGAUGCGAUCGCCAAACACAUUCUCCAGGAACAACCUGAUCUUCGCCUAUGGCAAGAAUGGCAAACCCUACGAGGCAUGGAAGCUCUUCGUCCAAAUGGCCGCCAAGAAUGCCCUCUCUUGGGUAUCAAUCACACGAGCGCUAACGCGGUCUGGGCAACUGGACCUCGCCAAGAAGAUGCUCUUAAAGAUGCCCCAGCUAAGCACCACUCCCUGUACGGCCAUGGUCGUCGCAUAUGCCCAAAGAGGGCAUCUUGUUGGUGCCAGCUCCGUGAUGGGCCUCAUGGCCGAAAGUGACGCGACGGCGUCCACGGCCAUGAUAGUGGCGUACGGAGGCGCCGGCAAUGUGGACGAGGCGGAGAGGAUAUUCUUUGCCAGCGCCGCGCAGGAUGUGGUAUCGUGGACAGCAAUGUGCCAAGCAUAUGCCGAGAACGGGUAUCUGGAAGAUGCGAGGCGAAUCUUCUCGAGCAUGCCCCAGCGCAAUGUGGUCACUUGGAACGCGCUGAUGCAAGCGUGCGUCUCCAAUCGCGAGCUGGAAUCCGCGAGUGAGUGCUUCGAUUCCAUGCCGGAGCGCGACGCGGCGUCGUGGAACACGCUCAUCGCGGCGUUCGCGCAGCUAGGGUUUCCGGGCGACGCGAGGCGCGCUUUCGAUCGGAUGCCGCAGCACAGCGUGAUCAGCGCGACGUCGAUGAUCGUCGCGCUGGCGUGGAGCCCGGGGGGAUUGAGCGCCGCGAUCGCGGAGUUCGACAGGAUUCCAGGGCGGGAUCUUGUUUCUUGGAACGCCAUGGCGCAGGCUCACGCGGCGAGUGGAAAUCUUGCCGAGGCCGCGGAGAUUUUCGAUCGGAUGCCGUGGAGGGACGUGACGGCGUGGAAUGCCAUGACCGAAGCGCUGUCGCAGCACGGGCAUCUGGAUCGAGCGCGGCGAUCCUUCGAUGCGAUGCCAAAUAGGGAUGUGAUCUCCUGGACCACGAUGAUCGAUGCCUACACGCAGAACGGGCAUCCUCGCGAGGCGCUGGAGCUCUUCCACGCGAUGCUACUGGAAUCCAUGCGCCCGAAUCAGCUCACAUUCCUGUGCGUUCUUGCCGGAUGCAGCCAUGGCGGAUCUCUCGAGCGCGCUCGCCAGUAUUUCCAUUCGAUGCUCCAGGAUCACGACAUCCAGCCGCGCGUCGAGCACUUCCACUGUCUCAUCGAUCUUCUCGGUCGAUCCGGGAGGGAGCUCCACGACGCCGAGGAUCUCAUCCGUGAGAUGCCGUUCCAGGAGGACGAAAUCUCCUGGACGACGCUCCUCGGCGCUUGCCGCGUCCACGGCGAUCCAUCGCGGGGAUCCAAGGCCGCAACGAGGAUCGCGCACCUCACCCCGGAUCGAUCGGCCCCCUACGUUCUUCUCAAUCAGGCACAGAUGGUCGAGUAG